GGUUGAGUGUCUAAAUCCUAUUAAUGGAGAGGCUUUGGGCAUCACUAAGAUCGAUCAACCCUUAUCACUGGAUGGCUCUCUUAAUGAUGAUCAUGUUGUUGGAUUGCAUCUCUUCAAAACUAAAGGAAUCGAUGUUCCAUCAAGGUCAGUUUCAUUACUUACCUGUCUGGAAAAGGGUAAUGCUUGCUUGAGGUCCAUUCCCGUCGGUGAUGCGCCAGAAAACUCAACUACUGCUUCUCAUAUUACAUGGAAUGUAUGCUCUUCUGGUAAAAUAAUAUGUUCUUCAGUGGAUAAAAGUGAGAAUUAUGCCUUAUUUGGAGGGUAAGUUUCCGUAAGCUGUUAAAGAAAUGUAUAUGAGUUUGUUGCAAUUAUAUUCAUGGGUGACAGCCUCUUUAAUAAAAAUUUGAAAGGUUGUUAUAUUGCCUAAUUUUGGCCUAGUACUUUAAUUUGUGUUUUCUUUUCUCUCAGGAAUGGCAUUGAAUUGAACAUGUGGGAUCUUGGAAAAUGCAGUAAGAUCUGGAGUGCAAAAUCUCCUCCUUCUAAUAGACUUGGUAUAUUCUCUCCAACUUGGUUUACUGCUGCAACUUUUCUGAGUGAAGAUGACCAUAGAAAAGUUGUGGCUGGCACGAUCAAUCAUCAGAUUCGUCUUUAUGAUACUUCAGCACAGAGGAGACCUGUAAUUUCAGUCGACUUUAGAGAAUCUCCAAUUAAAGCAGCUUGUGAAGAUCUAGAUGGCUAUACAGUCUAUGUAGGCAAUGGUUUUGGGGAUCUUGCUUCAUUUGAUAUGAGAACAGGAUUGGACAGCUAUUUGCGUGUGUGGGAUGCAAAGACGAGACAACUUCUAUCUGCGGUUUUCCUCAAGCAACAUCUAACAAAUGUGGUGAUCGAUUCACAUUUCUCAGGUUCCAAUGGCAAUACUUGUGAUCAACAAGCUGAUCUACAAGUAUGCGAUGAUACUGAAACCAUAGAUAAUGAUGAAUUGCCAAUCUCUAGCGGUAAGAAAGUAUCUAAAAGGAAGAGAGUUGGCAAAGUCAAGAAGAAAAGAAAGUCUGGGACCAGUACGAUGAUGAAACAAGUGAAGCCCAUGUAUUAA